UUCCGGUGUCACGGGGUGCCUGGGUGACGGAACGCAAAAAGCGGGCAUAACGAACGUAUCCCGUAUUUUCUCCUUGUAUACAUUUAAUUGCAAAAAAUAUAUUGGGACGACUCAAAACACUCUUAUAACAUCAACAGGACGAACGGCAUAACAUUGGAUGUGCAAUUGUACCAGCAUAUCCUUAUUCACUCGACUUGCUAGCAUUAGCUCGCUACCACGACUCAAGAACAGGCCCCAGCCUGGACUUUGCUUUAUCUAACUAGCUAGCUGGCUAGCACAAUAUAGCACGUUUUCUUCGUCAAUGUUAUUGUCUGUUCUUAGUGUAAACUAGAACCACAUCUUUAUAACUCACCUGGAGUUGUUUAUGUUUAAGUGUGGUUUAUUUUGAUAUUUCUAAACCGUUGCAUUGGUGGUGUGUAGUUAGUUAGUACUUUACUAAGUGUGCUGUGCACUUUUUCGCUAGCGACCGCGCCGCAUUCCCGUCCAUUUUACAGUCAAAUAAGAAACCGCAAUGUCGGAUUUCGACGAAUUCGAGAGACAAUUGUCUGAAAACAAACAAGCUCAGUUGGUAGAGCAUGGCGCCAGGAUAGUGCGCUCGAUUCCCGGGAACACCCCGGAGAAGGACAAGGAGAACCGCCACCACCGUCGCUCCCCCUCUCGCAGCCGCAGCAGAGAGAGGAAGAGGAGGAGCAGAGACAAGGACAGACGCAGCAGGGAUCGCCGUGGAGACAGCAAGGAGCGCAGACCAAGACGCAGCUCACCAUCCCAACAACAACCCCAAGAGAUUGCUGUAAGUCGUUCCCCGCACCGUGAAACCAAGAAGAAGAACAAAGUGAAGAAGUACUGGGACGUCCCUCCUCCUGGCUUUGAACACAUCAGUGUGAUGCAGUACAAAGCCAUGCAGGCUGCGGGUCAGAUCCCAGCCACGGCCCUGCUGCCCACCAUGACCCCAGACGGCCUGGCCGUGACCCCCACUCCUGUCCCUGUGGUGGGAAGCCAGAUGACCAGACAAGCCCGUCGGCUCUACGUGGGGAACAUCCCCUUCGGCAUCACAGAGGAGUCCAUGAUGGAUUUCUUCAACGCUCAGAUGCGUCUGGGCGGUCUCACUCAGGCUCCAGGAAACCCUGUCCUUGCUGUGCAGAUCAACCAGGACAAGAACUUUGCCUUCCUCGAGUUCCGCUCAGUGGAUGAGACAACCCAGGCCAUGGCGUUCGACGGUAUCAUCUUCCAGGGACAGAGUCUGAAGAUCCGUCGUCCCCAUGACUACCAGCCCCUGCCCGGCAUGAGCGAGAACCCCAGCGUCUACGUGCCUGGUGUGGUGUCCACAGUGGUGCCUGACUCGGCCCACAAGCUGUUCAUCGGGGGCCUGCCCAACUACCUAAAUGACGACCAGGUCAAGGAGCUCCUGACAUCGUUUGGGCCUCUCAAGGCCUUUAACUUGGUCAAGGAUAGCGCCACAGGUUUGUCUAAGGGUUAUGCGUUCUGUGAAUAUGUGGACGUCAACCUGAACGACCAGGUCACCAUGGAAAAUCAGGCCAUAGCAGGACUCAACGGCAUGCAGCUGGGAGAUAAAAAACUCCUGGUGCAGAGAGCCAGCGUGGGAUCCAAGAACGCCACUCUGACGAGUAUAAACCAGACCCCGGUGACACUGCAGGUGCCGGGCCUGAUGAACAGCUCAAUGACCCAGAUGGCCGGCCUGCCCACAGAGGUGCUGUGUCUGAUGAACAUGGUGGCUGUGGAGGAGCUGGUGGAUGAAGAGGAGUACGAGGAGAUCGUGGAGGAUGUGAGGGACGAGUGCAGCAAGUACGGCCAGGUGAAGAGCAUCGAGAUCCCCAGACCUGUGGAUGGGCUGGAGGUCCCCGGCACUGGCAAGAUCUUUGUGGAGUUCAUGUCAGUGUUUGACUCCCAGAAGGCCAUGCAGGGUCUGACGGGCAGGAAGUUUGCCAACCGGGUGGUGGUGACCAAAUACUGCGACCCUGACGCCUACCACCGCCGAGACUUCUGGUAGAGGAUGACGACAGACGAAGAGAGCGAGGGGGGUGGAUUGCCCCAUUUCAAAUCGACCCUUAACCCCCCACCACCUAGGCACUUGUUUUGACCUGAAAAGGUGUGAGCGACAUAAUGUUUCACCUAGUCCGCCAGGUGGAGCUAAGAGAAAUACCCGGGGGUAGGGGCUAGGGAUCCAUUUGGUAUUGGGCAAAAGAAGGGAGAGAUGGAGAAAGAAGGGUUUGUAUUCUGACGAAAACCAAGAGGGUCAUGGGGGGGGGGGGUUAAAAGAUUUUUGCGAAUUGUGUGUCGUAACAGGUCAGGGGUCAAUGAUUUUUAUACUUUGUGAGGAGGAAGGGAUGGGUCAUUCUGGCGCGGGGGGGUGGAACUUGCCACACCUUAUGGUUUGUAUUUAAAUGGAGGAAGUCCGUUUUAAGUACUUUAGGAAGGUGAGCCGAGGAGAGGGGGACUGGUCUACUUUAUAAGAGUGAUGGAUAGAUAGAUGGAUAGAGGAGUAUUCAUCAUUUCAUUGGGGGAGGCGGAGAGGGAGGUGGUGACAUUUUUUAUUUGACCCACCAAUAUAGAUAACAUGAUCAGAUUCUUGUUGAGAAAAUGGGGAAGGAAAGGAGGAUUUGUUAGAGAAGAGGGGAAAGCUAUUGACAGGAUAGGAUGGAAAGCUAUUGACAGGAAUGGCCUCAUUUUGGGAUUUUUCUUUCUUCUCAGAUUUGAACCUUUACAUUUCCUCAUGUUUAUUUUCUUUCAUGUACAUCAGACUAAACCCAUCCCUCUCUCCCUCACCCUGUGUGUGUGUAGAGAGAGGGGGAGAAGCUGUAACCAUACAUAACCAACUCCAAUGUCAUAUUGGACUAAUUUAUCGGAAUGUCAGCUGUUGUGGUUCCAAUACUGUAUAUUUACACUGUCACACACCUUGUAUUCAGUCACCAGGGCCAGAGUUUGAGUUGGAGUACCGUACAUUUAGAAAACUGCCUGUCUCUUUGUUGUAUUUUUUAUUUUUGGGAUUGAAACCUUUCAUCUAGUGUAAAUUUAUCCAUCACCAUUUUUAGCAGGCAAAAUAAUUCUGUCCCUACACCCUUACCCAUAAGAGAGGGACUGGGAGAGGGGAAAGGCAGUGAGUGAGAAAAGAUAGGCUUUUGAAGUUCUGAAUUGUUAUUUCUGAAUUGUGAGUGGUAAAUAUAGGAUUGGUGUUGAGUAGGGCUUGAUCUGAUUCUGAUUUAAAAGCUUUAAUGUUAUUUUUCAUGUCACAUUAGAGAAUAGAAUAUAUGGAGUACUCCAUGUCUGUGCUUAGCAAGUUUGUCUAUACAUGGAGUCAUUUCAUGGCUUUGGUAUUUUCAGGUAACAAUGAUUUGAGAUUGUAAUCUAUAUUCAAGUUACUAUUGUAUUGCUUUGUCUGGAAUAUGAGUUUGUUUUUGUUAAGCUUUUUUGCUUCCUGUUUCAAACCUACCUAUAGAAUAUUGGACAGCUCAUACAGAAAUAUCUCUUUGGCCCGGGUAGCGUUUGUGUAACGUCUCACCUCAGCAGACAAAAUAAAGGUAUAAAGACUAAUACCAAUGGCUCCUGUUCUACUGCCCACAAAUAGAAUGCAGUAUUUACUGUGGCCAAGUUAUCAGGCUUUUAGUAACAUAAAGUCUGGUACUAUUGUGUGACUGUACACCUUGUCUGUUUAGUUAAGUAAUGGGUCUGUUGUCACAAAGGAUGAGAUGGAGAUGUGAAACAAAUUAUUUUUUAACUGAAGGGGAAUGCAGUCUUUUGGACUGGUUCUCAAGGGUUCUAUUCAAUUGGAAUGUUCAACAAAGAUGUUCAUAGUCUUCAAAAGGUUGUCCCCUCAAGUGUAUAUAUGGUCUCACUUCUUCCUCAUCUCUCCUGCAACCUUUGUCAUUACUACUCCAAGGACCACCGGUUACACUAUGGGUUUGAGAGGGAGUUUCCCAUGAUGCUUUCGGUUCAGACCUAGAGUUGGGCAGUACCAGUGAAAUGUGACUUCCGCCCUUUAUGACAUUUGCUUUUUAAAUGUUACCAUGUCAUUUAAUUUCAACUUUUAUUUUUUUGGGAAAAUGUGAUUUCUUAAGUGAAUUAAUGGAAUUAAAAAUGGCUAAAACCACA